CGCACGCGUCGACCGCGGGACAACCGAGUCGUACUCGUCGACGUCGUCGUAGUCGUCAUCGUCUACCGUUCCAGUUGCAGCCACCUCAAAACGCGGCCGUUUCGGCUUUUACGCGUCCGACCCGCACCAAAGACGGACAUUUGAGUUUUCCCCGCGACCCUCAGUCGCCGGGCAGUCGAUCGGCCAUCACUCGAGUGUGAAUUUUUUGCCGAGGCCAUCACCGUCGUGUUAUUUUCGACCGAUCCACGUCGAACCAGCCUGUUGCUGCAGCCUGCGCGGACCGUCGACUAUAACGGCAUCACACACACACACACACUACGUAUUAUAAUCAUAAACAGUAUACGUAGACACGUAAUUCGUCGUCAUCGUCGUUUGCCGAUCGCUAUAUUCGAUCACAAUUUACUGUCCUGCACGUUCUAUAGAUAUCACACUAUAUAUUAUUUAAUCGUAUAACAUAUUAUAUACGUGAAGAUCGUUAGCGGUGCAAUAAUGCUUCUGUGUCUGUUGCCGGUGACGUUGACGUUGGCCGCGUUGGUCACCGACGGAGUGGCGGACGCGGCAGCCGCGGACAAGCGGUUCGCCCUGCGGCCCGUGGACCCGUUGACUAGGCGCAGCGCCAUGGACAAGAACUUCAUGCGGUUCGGGCGGGCUUUCGACUGCAGUUGGACGGCACCGUCGGCAUCGGCGGCGGCCAAGCGCCGGGACCCGUCGUCGGCAGUCGGCCGGCGCGUCGACUCCAACUUCAUCCGGUUCGGCCGCCGGGACUCCAACUUCAUCCGGUUCGGCCGGGGCGAAGUGUACACGCCCGGCGACAACAAAAUACCCAGGCGCCACUACGACGUGGACGUGGACGGGCUGGAAGUCCGGUUCGGCCGGUCCGGCGGGAGCAUCGACCGCAGUCCGUUCGGCGCAGCGAUACCGCCGCCCUACGACGACCGCCGCUGAACGUCACGAUAUAUUAUUAUAAUAUAAUAAACAAUACACAUAAUAUAUACUACUAUAUACUAUAUUAUACUUACUAUAUACUAACUAUAUAUUUAAAGUAU